UAAGUUCUGCGGGGUCAGUAGUACUCAGUACAAGAUUUUAGUGACACUAUUCUGAAACAUAUAAACAAGAUGCUGAUAGUGCUAAUUGCGACCCUGUGUCUUCAAUGGAUCGUAUGUAACGGUUGUCGAUGUGCCAUGACACACCCACAACACUACUUUUGCAAUUCAGAAUUUGUACUACGUGUAAAUGUUACUGGAUCAGCAAUAAAUGUUGAUGACGAAAUGACAAGAGAUUAUGACAUCGAUGUUGUUUCCAUAUUUAAGGGUGAAGGAUUUGGGGGGAGAAGCAACGUGUCUACUCACGUCCAUAGUGCAACGUGUGGUGUAUACCUGGAGAUAGAUCAACAAUACGUAUUGACAGGUUCACGAAGAGCCGAUGGUAUUGCAUGGAUUCAUAGCUGUAGCUUCCAGCGUAAAUGGGACCUUCUAACCGAGGACCAACGAUCUGGAUUCUCGGAAGACUACGGCAGAAGUUGCGGUUGUGAGAUAUGCAUGGAGCAGUCGAGAUCCCAAAAUUGUGCCGCGUCAUCAUGCGUGUAUCCCCUCCAUAGUAGCUGGAAGAUGGCAGACUGCUACAACAAACACUCCGUAUUCCCAGUGGCGAGUAUGCCUAAAGCAGACGUAGAAUUACUUCCCCUGGUAAGAAACGCCAGCAAUCAAAGGAUUGAAAAUGAUAUUGUCCACACAGCGUCUUAUCAAAUGAUUGGAGCAGGCACUGCGAACUUCGAUCUUUUAACAUUGAGGACCAAUUUCACUCCCGGGAUAGGACUAUUCAACAACGGAACAAAUAUCUCAGGGAUUGGAAGUAUGGAAAACGUUCCGUAUUAUCCUGCAAUUAAACUUCCGUUGCAUGUGGUCGUCCUGUACGGUAUUGCGUAUGCCGUUAUCUUCUUACUAGGUAUAAUAGGGAACUUACUGGUGAUCACGGUGGUAUAUAAUAACAUACGUAUGCACAACGUUACCAACUACCUGAUCGUCAACCUGAGCGUAGCUGACCUUCUUGUAUCAAUCUUCGUCCUUCCUAUUACGCUAUUAUCAAAUAUUUUCUAUGGUGAGUAUGUAAAAUAG